UGACGCGCGCAGCAGACAUUCUGCGGAGACUCAGGCAGGUGGCGUGGUAGCAGCAGCAGCAGCAGCGAAUUCCGUGCGUGUCGCUGCCGUUGUUUCUCUUGCCUCCCGCGCGCUCGCCUGCACGCCUUUCUCGCCAUGAAGACCAAAUUCUGUAACGGUGGUGAGACCGACCCUUCCCCGCUGGGACUCUUACUAGGAUGUGCCCAGGGCCCGGUCUUGCCCGCGCUCACCCAGUCGCCCUCGUCUCCGCCAUCGCCACCUUCUUCUAACGCCGAGGCCGAAGCGAAGGAGCUGGGGCUCCGGGGACAGCAGCAGCACCAGCCUCUCGCGCUGCCGCCCACCCCGCCGACCCCUCCUUCCCCGCCGGUUGAGGAGCAGCCCGAUCCCCGCACACGCCGCAAGGCGUAUCUGUGGUGCAAGGAGUUCCUGCGGGGGGCGUGGCGGGGGCUGCGGGAAGAUCAGCUGCGCCUCACGCCCAUCAGAGGAGGUCUCAGCAACAUGUUGUUCCAGUGCUCUUUACCAGAUACUGUAGAGACUGUGGCAGAUGAACCACGUACUGUCCUCCUUCGUUUAUAUGGUGCAAUUCUGCAAGUGAGGUCCUGUAAUAAAGGAGGAUCUGGACAGGCUCAAAAGGAAAAUGAUCUACAAGGUGCAGAAGCUGUGGUUCUGGAGAGUGUUAUGUUUGCCAUUCUUGCUGAGAGAGCUCUUGGGCCAAAGCUCUAUGGAAUCUUUCCACAAGGACGGCUGGAGGAAUUCAUUCCUAGCAGGAAGUUGGACACUGAGGAACUAGCUUUGCCUGAUAUAUCAGCAGAAAUAGCUGAGAAAAUGGCUAGAUUUCAUGGAAUGAAAAUGCCAUUUAAUAAAGAACCAAAGUGGCUUUUUGGAACCAUGGAAAAGUACUUAAACCAAGUGAUGAGAAUCAAGUUUACCAGGGAAUCACGUGUUAGAAAACUGAACAAAAUCCUCAGUUACAACCUGCCACAAGAAAUGAAAAGUCUACGGUCUUUACUUGAAUCGACUUCGUCUCCAGUUGUGUUUUGCCAUAAUGACUGCCAAGAAGGAAAUAUUUUGCUUCUUGAAGGCAGAGAAGAUUCUGAGAAGCAAAAAUUGAUGCUUAUUGACUUUGAAUACAGCAGCUACAAUUACAGAGGGUUUGAUAUUGGAAAUCACUUCUGUGAAUGGAUGUAUGACUAUGCAUAUGAAAAAUACCCAUUCUUCAAAGCCAAUGCCCUGAAGUACCCCUCAAAGAAGCAACAGCUCCAUUUCAUUUCCAGUUAUCUAGCUGCAUCUCAAAGUGGAUUUGAAAAUCUGAGCACUGAAGAUAAGUCCAAAAUAGAAGAAGAAAUGUUGAUUGAAGUAAAUAGGUUUGCCCUCGCAUCACAUUUCUUCUGGGGUCUGUGGUCCAUUAUACAGGCAAAGAUAUCAUCUAUUGAGUUUGGAUACAUGGAGUAUGCACUCUCAAGAUUUGAUGCCUACUUUGACCAGAAGAGGAAACUCAAAGUCUGAAGUUUGAAGACUGGACAAUCAGUUUCUGUACUGUAUAAGGAAGGCAGCUGGGCAGAAAUUCCACUGUGCUUAGGCUACUGUAGUUGUAAUGAAGGUUUUGCAAAUUCCAACUACUCGGAUGCAAUGCUGAAGACUGCACAAAAUUACUAAGUUUACUUUUUUUAAAGUCUCUUAAGUCUUUGGAAUGAGAAUUGACAGUUAAGUAUAACAGUGCAAUAUCAGGCAUUUUAAUCUAAAAGGUAUUAUGAGGGAACCAGUGUUAACUGUGGGUAUCUUUUUUUUUUUUUAACAAAGGUAUUUUAUUGAAUUCUUUCAAUGCAUCAUACAUGCUAUCAGUUAAUGGGGUAACCCAAGUUCUUUUUAGGGAAAAAGUUAUACUGUGAAUCUUAUACUAAAGCCUAUUGAAGUGGUGGUUGUUUUCAUGGGGCAUGUCAAGCUUCUUCUCCAGAAAACUACUGGUAACCUCUAACACUAAUACACAGUGGCUAAAAAUCAAAGGAGCUCAUGCAGUCUGGUUUCUACUAAAAUAGCUUUCACAUUCUGAUAUUUUGGUAGAACAAGGUACAACAGAUGCAUCUUAACCUGAAACAUGCCAUUCCUUGUUACUUCAUUCCACAUCUUUGGCUGAGGUUGUGUUGACUACACAGCAACAGUCCUGCAGUAUUGUGUUGUUCUUGUUCAGGACAUUCCCUGGACUUGGCAGCACUGGGAUGAGUGCCUUGAAUUUCUCUAGGUGCCCUUCUCUGGCUUGAAGUAGGGCAGAGGAGCAAAUGAGAUGGGGAGCAAGUGAGAAAUGUUUGACCAAUUGUGGUGUGCAGGUGCCUUGUAAGGUGCACACUGCUCCUCGUUUAAAACCCUGUUGCUUUUUUCCAGCAGAUGUGGAUGUUUCUUGUGCAGAAAAUGCAUAGAUCUAUAUAUAUAUAUGAACUCUCCAGCAAGUGUAUUAUCUUGAGAGCUUCUAGAAAACACCUCUUUAACCAUCCUUAUUUGAUUUGUGCUUUUUGCUUAACAUGUAUUGUACAAAUAAAUUUUUAAGUCCUUA